CUGCUGACGGUGAACCCGGAGCAUCGUUUCUCCAGCCUGGUGGACAUGCAGGCGUCUCCGUACCUGUCUGACAUCAACUGGGACUCCGUGUACGAGAAGAAGCUGGAGCCUGGUUUUGUUCCUAAUAAAGGUCGGCUCCACUGCGACCCCACCUUUGAGUUGGAGGAGAUGAUCCUGGAGUCCCGCCCCCUCCACAAGAAGAAGAAGCGACUCGCCAAGAACCGCUCCCGGGACAACAGCAAGGACUCCCAGUCUGUGAGUCAGCUGAACUCUGCCUUUACUUUGGCUUUAAGGGACAGUUCCAACAAUUUAAAGUGUACAACCCAUGAAUAGUCAUCAUCUUACCUGUUGUAGAUAACGCUUUGAGAGGACUCAGCUUCGAGAAACAGUUUAGAUCUGACAGGAAGGUCCUACAUCUGGUGGUGUCUGUCUCUCUGAUGGACUGAGACAUGUCCAUGUGUC